GCCAUGGAUCCAAGAUGCUUUUCUGAGAGCAUUUAUAACCUCAUACCAAGGGAUGUGAAGGCGCCUCCCCAACCACCUAGGUACACAUCAGUUUUUAAGGAAACUGUGAGAGAUGACAUGAAAAAAAGUAAAACAGCAAUGAAAACUAUGGGACCAGCAAAAGUUGAAGUGCCUUCUCCAAACAAUUUCCUAAAGAAACAUUCAAAGGAAAAAACUCUACCACCCAAAAAAAAGUUUGAUUGGAGUGGACCCAGAAAACCCCCUGUACCUCGGAGAUGUGAACAUCCUGUUAUGGGAGUACAGAGUGGAAAAAAUUUUGUAAAUACAAAUGCAGCAGAUAUCAUUAUGGGAGUUGCAAAAAAGCCUAAACCAAUUUAUGUGGACAAACAAACUGGAGACAAGCAUGAUCUUGAAACUUCGGGAUUAAUUCCAAAGUUCAUCAAUAAAAAGGAUUAUGGUGUCACACCUGAAUAUAUAUGUAAGCGAAAUGAGGAAAUAAAGAAAGCACAAGAGGAGUAUGAUAAUUAUGUCCAGGAAAAUCUUAGAAAAGCAGCUAUGAAAAGACUAUCUGAUGAAGAAAGGGAAGCUAUUCUACAGGGAUUGAAAAAGAACUGGGAGGAGGUACAUAAAGAGUUCCAGUCUCUCUCCGUGUUCACAGAUUCCAUCCCAAAGAAGAUUCGCAAGCAGAAGCUUGAAGAAGAAAUGAAGCAACUGGAACAUGACAUCAGUAUGAUUGAAAAGCAUAAAAUUAUUUAUAUUGCCAGUAAGUGA